GAUCUUGAUACGUAAUUCGUGAGUAAAUUUAGGCAAAACGGUACUCAGAUAAACCUCGUGAUAAGACGUCAGCUUGUUAUUAUUCGUCAAAGGAGUCUCCGCUUCGUUGUUACUCCAUAACCGAAGGACAGACCUGCAGUCAUGGACGAGGAGGCGAUGUGGAAAGGUUUUUACCAAAAAAUCGUUGAGGAUAAAGAGAAGGAGGAAGCAGAGAAGGAAAAGUCUGAUCACGAAAUCAGUGAUCUUAACAACAAUCUUCGGAACGCGAAAAUGACAGACACCGAAAAAGAACACCCGUAUUGGAAGAUAGCAGCGUUAAGUGCCCGAAUGUCUCAACCUGCCGAAUCGAAACCAGUCACCGUUGCUAGGAUCUACUGGAAGUUCGCAGCCCACAACCUCAUUCUUAAUAAUAGAAUCCAAGCGGCGGAUGGAGGCUUCUUUGAAAAUCUGGGAACGCUCUUUGCAGCCAAAGCACGCGCCCAGGCGGAGGCCGAAGGCCCUAUUCCUACGCCGAAUGAAGAUGAACAAGAAAAAGAGCUUAGCGACGAGGAAGGAAGCGUUCGGGAACCUACGGAAGCUCUCCUCGAAAGCGACAGUGACCGCGAUGAGGACGAGCAUUCGCAGAACCUCAUCAUAGAUUCCGUCGGUUGGAACAUAGAAGAACUCUAUACGUCACUGGUGUACCUAACCCAGCACCAAAUCGGCUUUGACGUUACAAAUGAGUGCAGCCAGGAAUCGCUUCUGAAUCACUUGCAGGGUGCCUUCAAGAUCGAUAACCAGACCCAUGAGCAGGUCCUCGAGCAAGCUCAAAACAUGGAGGCUCCAGAAAUGCAUCUCAACGUCGAAGUCAUAGAAGCAAAGGAACUGGUAUCUAAGGAUUCCAAUGGUAAAAGCGACCCCUUCUGUGCUCUGUAUCUCGAGUCUGUACCUACGAGGAGGUACAACACUGCCGUAAAGACGUCGACACUGAGUCCUGUAUGGGAAGAACACUUUGAGCUACCGUUGGAAGAUGCUGAGAAUGAUGUGCUCAAUCUUGAAGUAUGGGAUUUCGAUGCUGCUGAAACCGUCCCGGAGAAGAUGAGCAAGGUAAAGGACGUCAAGGGUGUUCGUGGACUGGUUAAACUCGCCAAAGAAAUUGCGCUGACAGCAACAACCGGUAAUCACGACAAUGAAUUCAUCGGAAAGUGCCAAAUAGCCCUGAAGGAUAUUCCAGUGAAUGGUCAUACAAUGUGGUAUUCCCUGGAGAAAAAGAACAAGUCGAAACGUCGCGGUGUUGUUCGUCUGAGGUUAGCCUUCAGUGCGGAACACAACGCCCAGGUAGCUGCCCAGGAGCACAGACACCUUCUGCGCAUCCUUCUCCUCUACGAAAUAGAGUCGGAAAAAAUCGAAAAGUAUUGCUGGUGCGGGCGUUGGUCAGGCCCAGCCGAGGCGAUAAUACUGCAGCACAGUGCUCAGCGUGGGCUUCUCGCUCGCAACGUGGCCUUGGCACAGUGGGUCGAAUACACCAGGGUGCACCAGGAACACCCUCUCAGUUUCACCCUGUUCAACAAGCUGGCGCUCGACCUCUUGAGGCCCAUGGAAAACAACCUUUUCUCCGACGACGAGAUACGACUAUUCUGGGACUCGACUAGAAAGCUUUUGCACUCCUGCUUGAACAGCAUUAGAAAACUUCGAAAAUCCACCGCGGGUGAUAAGAACACCAUUAAUCAACUGGGCGCAAUUCUAGGCAUCCUGUCGUCCAUAGACUCUUUGCAAAAAUCGGAAGACCUUGACCUAUUCCCUGCCAACAUGUACGGAUGGCUUCCCGAGCCUGAGGGACCGAGAUCAGAUGUGAUGCAAGCUCUUCAAGGCACGGUUAUCCAGGGGGCUGAGGAAUGGUAUGAUUACUUACUGAAAAACAAUUCAGCGGACGGAGUAGAGGAUAAAGAUAUGCUCACUUACUACAUCAAGGUCAUACAGCUGAUUAGGGCCGAUUUACAACGAGCCAUAGAGUUCUAUGACAAGGUCUUCAUAAAGCAAGUAAAUUUCCCUUACGCGAGAACGUUGUACGUCCAUUACGAGAAACGGAUCAGCGACAUGUGCAUGAUCAUCGUUGAAGACGUAUGCGCGAGGUUGAAGAGAAUCGAGAUCGAGAACAGCGAUGGAACGAGCGAAGAAUUGGCCUUGGGAACGACGCUUUUCGAGCUGUAUUUAACCCUACAAAGAUACGCAAUACUCGGUCACGUCCUGUGUGCCGACGGCCUGGAGUACAUGAAGAUUCAAAGCUACCACGAGUGGUUUCGUGCCGGAGUUGCUCACUGGCUCGACAUCGCGGUAUUCAAGGCCUUGCGCCGGAUAGAACGUGCCGUUGAAUUUGACACCCUGCAACCGGUAGACUCAAAUGUUCAGUACAGCUCAAGUGCCGUUGACACGUUGACAAUAUUCUACCAAAUCAAGGUCUUCUGGACGCAGUUGGCCUGGCCAGACGUCGAAGGAUCUUACACCUUCGUCGCAAAAAUAAUCGACGAUAUCUGCAGAUGCUCCGUGGAAUACGCUGAUAAGAUGGCGAGGAAGGCGGAAGAGGCUACGCAGCAGGAGUACGACUUGGAGAACAACAGCAGCGUGUACGAGAAAAAGUUCGAGGUCUCAAACGCGUGGUGCUUCGCCAUCAACAACAUCGAUUACAUCCGCACGUCGAUCGGCCCCCUUGCCGAGGACUUGGGACUUCAUAGUAUAGUCGAGUGUCUGGCGGCGAACAAAACUCAGCAGGAGGCUGAACGGUGUCGGCAAACGCUUCAGCUCGUCAUCGACAACGCCACCGACACAGUGAGCAAUAAGAUUAUCGAGUUGCUCGAGGUUGUUGCGAGCAAAAUGACCCCGGCGAUGAGCAGGUACUUGGAAGAAGGUGCUGAACUGAUCGACACGACGAGCAACGCCAUGGACAGGCUUCUCCAGUACCUCGAUUCCAACAUUACCACUCUUCACGACAACUUGAACGAGACCAAUUUCGCGAGAGUGCUUUUAGUCAUUUGGGAAAUCAUGUCGAAGACUUUGUACGAUCUCGUUAACAGCAAUUUGGAGAGGAGGAGGCCACCUUCGUUCUAUGCUAACCUUCACCGGACGCUGCACACCUUAAUUCGUUUCUUCAAUCUUGGGGCAGACGAGACGUCGAAUAUUCACAUACUCGAGAAAAUCGAGGAGCUUUUGAAACUUCACGGUCUCGAGACGGCCGCGUUGAUUCAUCGAUACAAUCAGGAUAGGCUACAGGAGCAAAAAGCCAUCGAGGAGUCUAGGCACGGACAGUUGACUGUUAGAGCAUAUUUUAUCGAUAAUUUAUUGAAAAUUCAGAUCAUGAACGCCAGAAAUCUAAGGCCAAUGGAUAGUAAUGGCAAGAUGUCUACUCUUGAGAGAAAACUACGUUAUAAAUCAAAAACUAAAAAGAAACUGAAAGACGGGAGGUCAAGUCAGUGUGAUUCCUACGUUAAAAUACGAUUGCUGCCAGAGGAGAGGUUCGUUCACAUAAAACAACCGAAGACACGAGUCCUCAAAGAAACCCUGUUUCCGCUUUUCGAUGAAAUCUUUAGCAUUUCACUGACGACGGAGCUGAGAGAAACGAAAGAUGCUAUCAUAGCGUUUGAGGUGAAGGACAAAGACUUUCUCAGGACGAGAUUUAUGGCUGAGGCCUUCCUGGCCUUCAGUGAAAUCCCGGAAACUGGUCCUGACCGGGAUUUCGACUCCCUGGAACAGAUUCAUUUGAAACUUUCUCGACCAACAAUGCACAAUUCAGACGUGGUUCGCGCAUUAGAGCACAGAAAGGGGGACGACCGGGCUGUUGACUUUAUGUCGAAACUUAACACAAAGAUUGAAUCUAGAUAAUCGGUGAUACGUAAAUAUAUAAGUUUGUGAACGUAGGCGUUGGUAGCAGUUUGACGAAAUAUCAGCGUUUAAGACAAAUCGUCGGCUGCAUUGCUGUAAUACUACGAUCGGGGUAUAAUUAAAGAUAACGAAUAAUCGGAGUACGGUGCAGUAAAAGUGCACAUUUUUGAAUCUUAAUAGUCUGACACAAAAGUGACUUAAAAUAACACGAUAAAGAAAA